AAGUCAAAACAAUGACACGCCCCUUAAAACACAUGACUUGUUUGUGCAAUUGUUGUGUUCUUCUCUUUCAUUUGCCCUGCUCUCUGUUCAUGAUCUUUGAAACUAAAUGGAAAAGUGUUGAAAUUUGAUGACUAGAAUUGUCAACAAAAAUGGCUUGCAACGAAGACAGCGUUUGGAUCUUUGCUUACGGUUCCUUGAUGUGGAAAGUUGACUUUGUUUAUUCUGAAAGGAUUCCUGGUUACAUUCGUGGCUUCAAAAGAAGAUUUUGGCAGCUUAGCGAGGACCACAGAGGGAUUCCGGGAAAGCCAGGGCGAGUUGUUACAUUGAUCCCUGGUAAUGCUGAUGAUAUGGUCUGGGGAGUGGCCUAUUGCCUUGGAGGAAGUCCUGCAGAAGUUCAAGAUGUUAUUCGGAAACUGGACCACAGAGAAAAGGGUGGCUACGACAGGGUGUUUGUUGACUUUCACUACAGGGACGGACAGACUGUGAUCAAAGAUGUUACCAUUUACAUUGCCUCUCACGACAAUCCACUGUACUCUCCUCACGAAGGAGAUGAUCUCGAACUAGCGAGACAUAUCUUAAAUAGCCACGGACCAAGUGGCUCAAAUUUGGAAUAUGUCCUUAAACUAGCCGACGCAAUCAGGGACCUCUACCCUGACGAGGAACACCACCUGGACGACCAUGUGAUGCAAUUAGAGGAAAAUCUCAAAAGUCUGAUGAAACACGGUUGUGAUUAAUUAAUUCUAAAAGUCUCUCAGUAUUUAAUUGUGUUUAUUAACAUUCUCGUUUAUGUUUUAAGCUUUAAUAACAUUAAAAAUUAAAAUAAAUUAUUGUUUCAAUACAACUUACAAAGGAAUGGACCGAAUGGACUAUGCAAAGCAAGUAGAUCUUGUGCAGGCGUGGAUAAUAAUGGCAGAUUCAGUCCAAAGUGAAAAUCCUGGCUGCAAUGUCGUCGAUCAACCAAUCCAUUCCCGGCAAGAGAUUCUCUCCUGUCAAGGCACUACACCACAAAAUUCGCCAGUGAUGAGUUUUGAUUGUUUCCAGCUGCAGCACCUUCCAAAUUUAAUCAAACAUUAAUCAAUAUCUCAGCAAAGAGGAAUACCACAUAAUUCUACCAAGAUUUUUUAUUUAUAAAUAGGUGAAAAUAAGUAUACUUUUUCGUUCAUAUUCCCUAACCA